UCCCCUUCAGUCUUGCACAGGUGUACCGGCUCCUCCCCUUCAGUCUUGCACAGGUGUAUCGGCUCCUCCCCUCCAGUCUUGCACAGGUGUACCGGCUCCUCCCCUUCAGUCUUGCACAGGUGUACCGGCUCCUCCCCUCCAGUCUUGCACAGGUGUACCGGCUCCUCCCCUUUAGUCUUGCACAGGUGUAGCGGCUCCUCCCCUCCAGUCUUGCACAGGUGUACCGGCUCCUCCCCUUCAGUCUUGCACAGGUGUACCGGCUCCUCCCCUUCAGUCUUGCACAGGUGUAUCGGCUCCUCCCCUCCAGUCUUGCACAGGUGUACCGGCUCCUCCCCUUCAGUCUUGCACAGGUGUACCGGCUUCUCCCCUCCAGUCUUGCAUGGGUGUACCGGCUCCUCCCCUUCAGUCUUGCACAGGUGUACCGGCUCCUCCCCUCCAGUC